GCCUUGCAUUCCUGCCAAUCCUUCCUUUGAGCUCUUCAAGCUACUUCAUACUUGCUGCAGUCUCUUGAUUAGCUGCUAAUCUCCAACACCAUCGCAUCUAACCGUUGAUAUUCGCGGCCUUCUCCAUCAGCCAUUGAAAGUAUGCGCAUCAGCCCACUGAAAAAGGAGGCCAAGCAAUCUUCGAGUCCACCCGCAUCUACCCAACGCCUUGAUGCGGAGUCAAAGCAUGGUGAGACUGAUUCCUCCACGCAUGGUCAGAGAACGGUGGCUACUUUGGAGCAACAAAUAAAAGAAUAUGAGAAGCGGAUGAAAGAACUGGAAUAUGAGGUGAUCAUUCUACAGCUGAAAGUGAGAGAGCUGGAGGCCAAUGACAAGAGCCAUCUGGCUUGCAAGGUUGAGGCGCACUCGCUAAGGAAAGAUAAAGAAGCUGCAGAAGCAUUGGCUACAGCUUACAAAGAGCAAUUGAAUAGUACAAACCGGCUCAUUUCAAGGACCAUUUCAAAAGGUUCGACUCAAAAGAGAAGAGAGAGCUCAGAUGGUGAUGAAAGUCUUAAUAAAAGGCAAAAGACGGGAGUGGAAGGUGACCAAUAGAAAGAUGAACGGUGAUGAUCAAGCGAGAAGGUGCGCUGCUACGUGUACUUGCUCGAGUGCGCAUUGGAAGCGCAUGCACGUGAGAUCAGAGCCGAUCAUCAGGUGAUCUCCAUUGUAUAGAUGCCAUGUGUUAAGAAUCAGACUGAUCUGAUGAUUGGAUUGGUUGGAUUUUAAAAUGUGGGAUCUAGGAAUUCGAGAUCAUGCGAUAGGCAGCCCCUAUUGCACGCACAUGUGCCUUGUUUACACAUGCGAGGUUGGAACUGUUUGGAUGACCACCAAAAAACCAAUAAUUUUGUUUUGGCCCAUUUUUUCUAAGGCAACGGUUGUCCAAAUGUAAGACAUAAUCAUAGUUAAGGAUGGAUUGUUUAGUUGUUAAUGAGAGGAUUAGAAGUCACGAGAUUAGGGCUCUCAA